GUCUCAAAGUCUAUUUUGAAGCCUUUCAAUCAUCGAACAUAACAAAGAAAAAAUGUCGCCAGUACCAUUUCAACAUCAUCACCAACCUCAACACCUAAAAGUCCUCCUUAUUCAGAAGCCACCGAGCUCCAUACCAGUAGAAUCCCACCUCAUAUCUAAAAACUUCCAUGUUCUCAAAGCUUGGGAAUCACCAGAGCUACUAGAACAGAUCUUAAGCAGCCAUGCAGACUCCAUCCAAGCCUUGAUUUGCUACGACGACGGCACUAAUGUCGUUGACGCAGGCUUUCUCCGGCAGCUACCGGCACUACGGCUCGUAGUGACCAUCACUGCCGCCGUCAACCAUAUCGACAUGGCGGAGUGCAGGCAACGUGGGAUAGCCGUGGCUAAUUCCGGUAUGGUGUACUCGGAAGAUGUAGCGGAUAUGGCCGUUGGGCUGUUGAUUGAUGUGGCAAGAAAUAUUUCAGCCUCGGAUAGAUUUGUGAGACAUGGACUUUGGAAAACCAAAGGUGGUUAUCCUCUAGGUUUUAAGUUGGGAGGCAAGCGGGUUGGGAUAGUGGGACUAGGGAGCAUAGGCUCUGAAGUUGCCAAAAGGCUAGAGGGUUUUGGGUGCAAAAUCUCAUACAACUCAAGGAGCCAAAAACCAUCCAUCUCCUACCCUUUCUAUUCAAAUAUCAAAGAACUUGCUGCAAAGAGUGAUGUCCUAAUCAUUUGUUGUGAACUAAAUGACCAAACACACCAUUUGAUUGAUAGAGAAGUACUGUUGGCAUUGGGAAAAGAGGGAGUGAUUAUAAACGUAGGACGAGGAAGCAUUAUCGAUGAGAAGGAAAUGGUGAAAUGCUUGGUGAAUGGAGAGAUUAGAGGUGCUGGUUUGGACGUGUUUGAGAAUGAGCCUGAUGUUCCUAAGGAGCUUCUUGAAUUGGACAAUGUUGUUGUUUCUCCACAUAAGGCUUUCUCUACUCUGGAAUCUAUUGAAUCUCUUUGCCAACUUGUGGUUGCAAAUUUGGAAGCGUUCUUCUCAAACAAACCCUUGUUCACUCCUGUCAUCGGUUAAUUAAUGAAUAAUAUCACUUUGUACUGUCAUGUCCCUCUCCCAUCAUGCCAGACAGUCAAGAAUACAGCCACUGUUUUGUUAAGCAAUUAUUAAUGGUGAUUCCUUCUUCCAAUAAACUAAAAAGUAACUUUCUUAUU